UGUUAGGGAAAGGUGGCAACUCUGAAGACCAUACAUGGUUUCAAUUGUGUAAGCCACGCCACUGUCAACAUUUGAAGAGUGCCUUUUCUUGCCUAGAUCCCGAGGCAGACGUAACGAGCCCUGGACUUUUGUACCCGCCUACACGUUGGUGGAGUACCCGUAUAACCUGUUGUUAGGCCAGCAACUAAUAAUUAACAGCUAAUUGAGCCGCGCCUGAGUUUCGAACCAAUCAACCGAAGAAAAAACAAAAUGGUAACCAGCAAAAGCGAAGAAUUGCCUUUCAUCGGCGGCAAACAGCCGGUGACCCUUAAUCCCUCUUGGGAGUCACAGAUGAAAACGGAUCCCAAAGGCAAAGGAACUGGCUCGAUAAUGUCGAAAAUUGCUUCGAAUCUUCAGCCGCCAGUUGACAAAUACAAGUUGGUCUUUUUCAUCUUUUUGCUACAUGGAUUAGGCACGCUAAUGCCUUGGAAUAUGUUUAUAACAGCUAAAUCAUAUUUCGAGGACUUCAAACUGGGUGAAAAUUACACAGUCAAAACUGAAGUUAAUUAUCGUGGAAACUUUAUGCAGAAUAUGGGCUUUGCAUCGCAAAUUCCAAAUGUUCUCUUCAAUUGGAUAAACAUAUUUAUUAAUUUCGGUGGUGAUCUAACAACUCGAAUUGUUUAUAGCAUUUUAUUCGAAAUAGUUAUCCUUAUAAUAACCGUAGUACUUGCCAUGUUGGAUUCAUUCGAGUGGCCCGGUGUUUUUUUUUGGGCAACUAUGACCUCAAUUGUGCUUAUAAACAUGUGUAAUGGAAUUUAUCAGAGCACCAUUUACGGACUUGUUGCAGCUUUGCCUCCUAAGUAUACGGGUGCAGUUGUGCUGGGAUCAAAUAUUAGCGGUUGCUUUGCCACGAUUAUGUCAAUGCUGUGUGCCACGUUCUUCAGUUCGAUGCGUACAUCGGCUAUAUAUUAUUUUGUAACUGCGAUUUUGAUUUUACUUUUCUGUUUUGAUACCUACUUUGCGCUGCCCUUAACAAAAUUCUAUCGUCAUUACGAAAUGUUGAACAACGAAAAGAAAUCGGACUCGAGAUCUCAAUUAAAUGUUCCUUAUUGGCAAAUAUUCAAAAAAGCUUCGCCACAGCUUUUUAACGUAUUUUUCACCUUUUUUGUAACGCUGUCCGUUUUUCCCGCUGUCCAUUCAGACAUUAAGGGCUCAGAUGAUUUUAUCAUAGGCAGCAAAUAUUUCACACUGGUCACCUGUUUCCUCACAUUUAAUGUGUUCGCGAUGUUGGGCAGCUUGACCACAUCUUGGAUACAGUGGCCCAAGCCCAAGUAUCUCGUUGUUCCAGUUGUGCUACGAGUUGCUUUUAUACCCCUUCUACUAUUCUGCAACUAUGCACCGAAGGACAUUGUUAGAACUCUGCCUGUUUAUAUAACAAAUGAAUGGGUAUAUUGGUUAAUUGCGAUUAUUAUGUCCUAUAGUUCGGGCUAUUUAAGUUCCUUGGGUAUGAUGUAUGCUCCAGGUACAGUUCAUGCCAAAUAUCAAAUAACGGCUGGCAUGUUUGCCGCUGCUGUCCUUGUUACGGGCAUUUUCUCCGGCGUAAUGUUCUCCUAUUUGAGUCCACUAAUCAUACAACUUUGAAAUUUUGUUCUGCUUCAACAAAUGAAGAACAUUUUCAUUUUUACUGUCAUUAACCCAAAUAACAAAUGGAUAUUAUUAAAGAAACAAACUAAUAUUUUCAUAUUAAUCAUUGACUGUAAACUGUACGUACAAAAUAAAAAUAAUAUCUUCAGCGUAACGAA